AUGGCUUACUCAGCUGUAAAAGUACAAGACAUAUCACGCGACGAAGUCCCGUAUAUCUCCCUUACCGAUCUCAUCGUAUUCAAGUUGGAUUCGAGCGGGCUGCGAUCUAACCCCAUAAAGAAGGAGCGCGAUGCACAGGACGCUGCGGCUUUGGUCGAUUUCGCCACGCACAAAAGCUCCCUACAUCUUUCCGAGAAGCAAGAGCAGGUCGUAGAAGAAGCGCUCUGCGACGUAGCGAAAUGCGGCACUAAGGAAAAGGGCUGGUGGGAGAGACGCAUGGGCUUGAUAAAGCAAGCUGCCGAUGGAUCUCCUUACGACAGCGGAGGCCGUGAGCGCAAGCCGAACCGGCCUCAUUCUAAAUCAGACCCUUCGCCAUCUAAGAGUCCGCUUACAAACGACCCUAACGCAGCUUGGCACUAUGAGCGGCUGGAUCACGCACACAUCCGGCGGUUCAACUCGCUGCACAGUAGCCGGGGCGCGAACAGGCCGGGAAUCCCCCGCUCCUCUUCGCAACGCAUGAUUAGGGACACGGGCUUCACCAUGACACAGCCGAAGACGACACACGCGAGCUACCAACUCGGCGUAAGGCGGUCCGGCCUGAGCAGCGAGAUCAACGCCGAGCCGAACUGCUAUGGUAACGUAGGCGAGCAAUACUACACCCUCGAGCCGGGCGAGAACAUGUCGGGGCGGGCUUCGCCGGCAGGGUACUUUGACGUUUCCCGUACGCCGCCGGGUGGCCUGGGAACGGUGACAGAACAUACCGUGGGGGUUCGACGAAGCUCUAAGUCGGGAUACUUCGAUCUUACCCCUGGAGCUAUACCUAGCACCAUGUCGCAGCCUAGGAGGCCCCCGGGUUUGGACAAGAGGAGUGUUACGUUCCUCCUAUAG